AUGGCGGGAGGUCUCACCAAGUACAGGCACUUGAGCCGUAACUCGUCGGCGCGACAGGCCCUCCUCCGCGGCCUCGUCACUUCCCUCAUCGCCCACGAGCACAUCCACACCACCUGGCCCAAGGCCAAGGAGGCCCAGCGCCUCGCGGAAAAGCUCAUCACCUACGCGAAAAGGAACAACGAGGAGACGAGGCGGAAAGCCCAGGCUACGCUCUACACACCCCACGAACUCCUCCCCAAACUCUUCGGCGAACUGCGCGAGCGAUAUGCUGAGCGCCCCGGCGGCUACACCCGUGUCCUCCGCACCGAGCCCCGGUCGACGUACGACCAGGCGCCCUCAGCUAUUCUGGAGCUCGUCGACGGACCUCGCGAUAUGCGCUUCGCCAUGACGGCCAAGUCUGUCGCUCACGACCGCCAAAAGGGCCACAAGUCUACCGACCUCACUCGCAAGAACAUGGAGAAAGUGACGAGGUACCGCAAGGAUGGCAAGGACGAGUUCGAGCACAUGGUGGCCAAGUUCCAGGACAUGAAGUCCUAG